AACUUUGAAACUUAUUUGUUUCUUUUUUCUAGGUCAAUUACCAACCUCACCGGGUCAAGCUCUAUAACUCUGACAUGUAUUUUGAGCAAAUUAUGCCCCCUUUUUUACUUAGAAAAUUCUGGUUAAAGCUUUACAUGCAAGUUACCAUCUCCAAAACUAAUGCAGAUAUUGAUUUGAAACUUAACAAGUGUCCUCAGGGUUAUAAAACUAGUUGAUAGCACCAAGUUCCAUAACUCUGACCUUCAUUUUGGCCAAAUUAUGCCCCCUUUUGGACUUAGAAAAUUCUGGUUAAAGUUUUACGUGCAAGUACAUAAAGCUAUUACUAAAAGGCGUAUAGAUUUGAAACUUAUUUUUUCUUUUUCUAGAUCAAUUACCAACCUCACUGGGUCAAGUCCCAUAACUCUGACAUGUAUUUUGAGCAAAUAAUGCCUCCAUUUGGACUUGGAAAAUUAUGGUUAAAGUUUUACGUGCAAGUACAUAAAGCUAUUACUAAAAGGCGUAUAGAUUUGAAACUUAUUUUUUCUUUUUCUAGAUCAAUUACCAACCUCACUGGGUCAAGUCCCAUAACUCUGACAUGUAUUUUGAGCAAAUAAUGCCGCCAUUUGGACUUGGAAAAUUCUGGUUAAAGCUUUACAUGCAAUAGUACAUGAGCCAUAGGGUUGAUUGGUACCAUCUCGGGGGAUUAAUUCUCAAAGUGAUUUUUGGAAAGGUAUACAACCCUGGAGUAAGAUAAUAUAUGAUAGCAAUGUAUAGACUGUAGCUCGAGGUUUUUGAUGCUAUACAUAGCCAGUUACGAUCUGCAGAAAUGUCGUUUUACGUGAAUAAUUACAAAUACGAGAGUGAUUUCGGAAAUAUGACGGAGCAUGAUAUCAAACAACCAAAUACCAAAUUUUCUAUGAUACGAAGAGAUUUCGUUGCGGGUAAAUAGGCGAAGCAUUUAAGUUGUUAUUUUGUUAUACUUCUUAUAGCAAAUGAUUUCUAAUUGCUGUCUAAAAGCAGUUUUUUUCACUUGAAACUGUCAAUAAGUAAUAUUAUAGUUAUGACAGUCAAAAAUGGCGUAAGUUAACAGUUUACGGUCAUGAAAAAUAUUAUGAGAGCAAUGCCAUAUGACAUGUAGAAUAUUGUGAUGUCAGAAGCAGAUGUACUAUAAUCACUGGUCUCAGACAAAUGGUGAAAUUUUAUUAGGCAUACACUGUUCUUAAUUGUCUGGUAAACGAAGUUAUAUUGACACGUGUCCAUGCGUAGAGAAACUAAAGCUCAUGUAUAUAAUUGCUGUAUUGAAGCCAGUUUUAGAUAUGUAGCCAUAUAUUAUGACACAUUCUGAUUUGAUAAUUGUUUAAAAAAGGUUUCAGUAGUAGGAUAUAUUAUCGGCAUUUUCUGGUUUCAGGUGCUAGUUUUGAUAUUCCGAAUUCAAUGGAAGAUAAAGAAAACUUGAAACGUGUGACUUUGAAUCAAACAGAUUUUGAGUACAGUAAAGUGGUAUUCGAGUUUACUAAAACGUUAGGAAGGCAGCCAAUUAUUGUGAAGAUUGAAAGAAUCCAGAAUAAAACUUUAUAUACACAAUACGCAGCCAAGCGUAAAAUGAUGAACGCAAAUAACCCUAACAAGAAGGGUAAUAAAAAGAUACUGUGGCAUGGAACUGCUGAUUAUGCCGUACAAAGUAUCAAUUCACAUGGUUUAAACAGGAGUUACUGUUCAAGAAAUGCGACCGCAAUAGGCCAAGGUGUAUAUUUCGCAGUCAAUGCAAGCUAUAUGGACCAAGGAACUUACUCGCCACCAGGUAGUGACGGAAGCAAGAGGAUGUAUCGGUGUUUGGUACUGACGGGAAACUAUUGCGAUGGAUCAAGCGACAUGCGAGUGCCACCAGCAAUAGAUAAAUCCAAGCCGCACAUUCUCUAUGAUUCUGUCACCAACAGUACUGGAAAUCCAAUUAUGUUUGUCGUCUUCAAUGACACACAAGCAUAUCCGGAACAUUUAAUAACCUACAGAUAAACGUGUUUUCAUACAUACUUAUACAUGCACUGCUGAAAGGAAAGGCUUCAUUUAAUACCCCAGUCACACAAACGGCGCGGACAGCUGUGUCUAGCCACGGAUAGAAACGUAAUAAUCCGUAUCGAUCCGUACCUGAGCCGUACCUCAAAGUAGUAAUCCGUAUAAAUACGUACCAACACUUGGUCAAAACGUAUUCAAGACUUGUCCCAAACUUGCAAGUUCUCCAAAUUUUGAACAUGCACAAAAGUUUGAGCGAUCCGUAGCCGUUUGAGCUUGACUUUAGUCGAACUUUGUCUAAACUUAUUCAUCCGUAGUUUAACAUACUAAACGUAGUUAUCCGUAUUGGAACGUACCUUGCCGUAGUUUGGCAUGAUGUCAAAGAUAAUCGUAAUGAAAACGUUGGCUACACGUGGCCUAUUAAUAUGAAACUUACCGACCCGUUACUGAACCUUAAUGCAAACGUAGUCAUGCAUAUUGAUCCGUAGAUGAACGUAGUUAUCCGAGAUUGCCGUACUUAAGCAUAGUUCAACGUAGUUCACAGCAUACCCAUGCACGCGCUAGGCAAUUUUUCCAGGCGCAGUGAAACGUAGUUCAACGUAGUACGCCGUACCUAUCCGUACUUUUAUGUACUUCUGUAUCAUUUUGUCCCCCGUUCCUCACCAUUUUUCCCGUAUUAAGACGUACUGCUCCGUUCUUAUCCGUUUCGGUCCCGCCACAAACCGAUCUCAUCCGCACCGUACCUCAACGCACGGACAUAUCCGUAUGUGUGACUGUAGCUUUAGAGAGAAUACGUACUUGAAAUGUAUCUAUUUCUAUUGGCUCUUAGUAUCUGUGUUGUGUUUCUUUAGCUCCUGAUUACGAAUUCUUUGUAAUCAAAAGUACGAACAAUUUAUACACGUUAUCUUUCAAUUGUAUAUUUUCUAUUUAUCGUGAUUAUCUUUCCUUUUGCAAUUUGUUUUACCUUUAGCCUGUUGGAGGCAAGUGAUUCCGCCUUUGCGAACAGUACAGACAAAGAUCAGCCUGCACAUGUGUUCGCUAUUUAGUCUAUAAAUCUUCAGUGAACACCCCUUUGAAUAAUAAACGGUAUUGCCCGAACUGAAUGAUGAACAAGUCCACUAGAAAUUUAGCAGGCUGUGGGUUAAUGUAUUUGAAAUAUUUUCAUCGUAUAUAAUAUAUAAACGAGAUGAAGAAUUAAUCCGGUGGCAGUUGUCAUCAGUAAGAAUAAUGAAAAGAGUAAGCAUGCCACCCAUAUACUGUCAAUCAAAGCUUGUAUUGUUAUAGUCUAUGAAAGUGUCAAUAUAGCAAGUGUUUCGUAAAUACAGUACAUUACAUUUAUAUAUAACUCCGAUAUAAUUAUCUAAAUUAGAAAGGUUUGCCAAUUAAACUAUAAGAUAUCAUAUGAAGACAAUAUAGAAGUGUAAAACGCAACCAAACAUACUAUCAUUAACAGACUUUGACUGAGUUUGUACAUGGAAGGUAAUUAAUGAGAAUUGCAACCUCCCUUCAUGUUCCAUAGCAUUGGCUUAAAGGUUUAACCUAUCCUAAAUGGGAUGUAACAGUUGUGAAAUUUUGUUUAGAUUGAAGUUACAUCCUUUAUCACGCUAUCUUGUAUACAAAUUUGAAUGAUCAGAUAGCAAAUGAUGUAUUUAAUUUGAUAUUGUUUUGCGUCAGUGCAGAUGUCGGUCGUAUUCUUUUUCUUUGUGAGCACUUGCUUAGCAGGCGUCUCCAAAUGUAGCCGCUUAAAGAAAAUAUUUUAAUCCUUAGACGUUUAAGUAGUUAGUGAAAACAUUCUCAGUGGAUGAUUUUUGUAUUAUUAUUGUAGUUUCAUGCAUAUAUAUUGUUGAAAAAAAAAAACGACACACAUUCCUGUCGUCUUAGCCUUCAGGUCAUCGCACCUUGCAGUCUUGCGCACACCUCACAGCUGAGAGUUGUGUACAACACAAACCCAAACUCGCGAACUGUGAGCACUCUCUGCUAUAUAUUCCCCGCGUUAAACUGAUCAGGGCUUGCUUUCUUAAUGUUUUUCUCUAUUCUUUGGCAGUCAGUUUGAAAGUUAAAAACUUUGAAACUUUUUGCAUUGUGUGCUUUUAUAAUUUUGAAUUACAGAUUCCUCUUAGUAGCUAUUUCUUAAGACAUAGACAUAUACAUAGACAACACUUUAUUUCAUCUCAAAUCAUAUUACAUGAUGUAUGAGAAAAACAGUUGCUCUAAAUACAAUACAAUUAUACGUGACAUGGUGUUAUUAAUUUCAGUUCUAAAAUAUGCUAGGAAGCAGAAUUACAUUUUCACUGACUGGACUGUUUUGUGGGUAAGGGCACAUCAACAUUACAGCAAAUAAGUAUUUUACAGUACUGCGAAUGUGUCUCCAGCCCCAUCCCAGUCCUACAGGCAAAACAAAUACCAUUUUUAUGAUUAUGAUCUUUUUGGAGCAGAUAGCUCUUUCAUGUAGGAGUAACUCAUAGUUUAUCUACAUUGUAUUUAGAUUUGUCGUUUUACAGUGAAUAAAUGAACUCGCUUUAUAUGUAUAGCAUAUAUCUAGUGAAAGUAAAAAUAAAUAAAUUCUG